CUUUCCCUUUCCUACUCUCUUUUCUACAACAAACAUGGCCGCUAAAUCGGAUGGAGCAGCCGUGUCUGAGCAGGAUGAAAACCCACCUCGUAGUCUGGCGAACCUCGAACAGCGCCCACUUCAAAAUCGCCAUGCCGGAAAGCGCUAUUCUCUCCUGGACUGCUGCUGGGUGCUCUGCGCCCUCUUGGUCUUCUUCUCAGACGGGGCCACCGACCUGUGGCUGGCCGCGGACUACUACCUGAGGCGGGAGUACUGGUGGUUCGGGCUGACGCUGGUCUUCGUAGUGGUUCCCUCUGUUGUGGUUCAGGUGUUGAGUUUCAGGUGGUUUGUCUACGAUUACUCGGAUAUCAACGGCAGCAGUAGCGGAGCUGCCGCCGUCAGCGCGGCUGCGGCGGCUGCAGCGGCGUCGGGGGGAGAUUGCAAUUUCAGCACCAAGGGCAGCGAACAGCGGGGCGCUGGCAGCACUGCUGGGGCCAGAAUGGUGCCUGCGACGGGCACUAGGAGCGGUACCCGGAGGUGCUGCAGAAUCUGCAUGUGGCUUUUCCAGUCCGUCAUUCACAUACUGCAGCUUGGACAGGUCUGGCGGUAUGUCCACGCUCUUUACCUGGGUGUGCAGAGUCGCUGGCAGGGAGAGCACGAGCGCCGCCACUUCUACUGGCGCAUGAUGUUCGAGAGCGCUGACAUCAACAUGCUCCGCCUGCUGGAGACCUUCCUGAAGAGCGCCCCCCAGCUAGUCCUCCAGCUCAGCAUCAUGAUCCAUGGCAACAAGAUCCUGCCACUGCAAGGUCUGUCUGCUUCUGCCUCACUGGUUUCUCUGGCCUGGAUGAUCGCAUCCUACCAGAAGGUGCUCCGGGAUUCCCGCGAUGACAAGAUGUCCAUGUCCUACAAGGCGGUGAUCGUCCAAAUGCUGUGGCACCUCUUCACCAUCGGGGCCCGAACCAUAGCCUUCGCGCUCUUCGCCUCUGUGUUUCAGCUCUACUUCGGCAUCUUCAUCGUCACCCACUGGUGCAUCAUGACCUUCUGGAUUAUCCAGGGGGAGACGGACUUCUGCAUGUCCAAGUGGGAGGAGAUCAUCUACAACAUGGUGGUGGGCAUCAUCUACAUCUUCUGCUGGUUCAAUGUGAAGGAGGGCCAGACCCGCUACCGCAUGUUCAUCUACUACUUCAUCACGCUGGCGGAGAACGCGGCGCUGACCGCGCUCUGGUACCUGUACCGCAGCCAGAACACCUCCGACUUCUGCGCCUUGAUCGUGGUCUGCGUGGUGGUGUGCAGCUUCGCCCUGGGAAUGUUCUUCAUGUUUGUGUACUACUGCCUGCUCCACCCCAACGGACCCAUCUUCGGGGGGCAGUGGAGGUGCGUGGAGGACGGGGUGGUCGAACCGUGCAUGACUCCGGGCCCGCCCCCGGACGUGGUCACCAGCCCCCCCAGGACCCUGCAGAGGACUACGGGUGCGGACCGGGAGCCGGUGCCCGGGGACCGGGACAGCUGUCUGCCCGUGUUCCAGGUCCGGCCCAGCGUGCCCCCCACCCCGGUGCCCCGCACCCCUCGGACAGAAGGGCCGGUCAUCCGCAUUGACUUGCCCAGGAAGAGGUACCCAGCCUGGGAUGCCCACUUUAUCGACCGCCGGCUGCGCAAGACUAUCCUGGUGCUGGAGAGCACCUCCCCCGUCACGCCCCGCCUGCAGUACCGCAGCCUGGGCUCCCCUAAGGAACUGAUGGAGUAUGAGACCACAGUAUAAUGGUCAUACCUUCCACACAGGGGCACACCUCCUGCUGCCGCAUGGAGCUUCAGGGUCCUCCUGAAGGGAAAACGAAAGGGCAGAGGAGUUCUGUGCACUGAGAGAGGAAGAGAAGAGAAGCGGGGUGGUGGUGGCUGAGGUUUCUUGCCUUGACCUCACCUGGCCUGGACCCCCACUCCAUUCCACCCCCUGCAACUGUUGCAUGCAUAUGGAUUUAUUGUGCGGUUGUCACUGGGCUGUGUAUGCGGAUACUGCAGGGCCUGUUUGAAACAGAAGGUUUCAGAGGGGCGGGGUCAGCCUCAGAGGAGCUCAGCCCAUAGGAACUGCUGAAGGGAGGAGCUAUGAGUGCUGUGAGCCAAGUACUGACAAGACUGCCUGCGGAAAUAAGGAUAACUGUAACGAUGGCUAAAGAUUGGUGACAGCAGUGUGGGGGAGGGGCUUAGUAGGUGACUUGGUAACAAUGUGGUGACAUCCGUGAAGAGUACAGUGUUGACUUGCUUCUGUAUGGUGAGGUGUAGCAAACUUUAUUAUCUGUUAUUUAUUUAUGUAUUUAUAAUUUAUUUAACUUUUUUAUUAUGUUUUUACACAGUGGCCAUGUCUUUGAUAUGAUUCUUAAUAUGGUAUAAUUAUGUAUACAUAUGAUAAUUUAUUAUAUGUAUAUACUAGAAUGGUGUAACAGACCAGUUGAGUGUUUUCUGUUUGUUAGAAUAUUGGACAACCUGCUUCUUACAUCACUUGAUGAUAAAAAGCAAGAGUAUGCAGUUACAGGUAUAUUCAAAAAAUAUUCAAGCUGUGAUCAAAAAUGUAGUUGGACAAAUACCGUAGUAAAAAUGGCUGAGUGAACAGCCUUAAAAACUAUAUAGCUUGUGAGCAGUUCUUUUUAAUCUUGAUCUCGGUCAUUACAGUGAUUUCUCUCAUUCAUUAGCAAUGAAUCUGUACAUCUUCUUAAGCAUCUCAUAAGUACUUGAGCAUCCCUCUCCUCUACCUGCACCGGAGUCUCAGAUGAGCAGAGUCUCCUGUCCUCCUGCUCGGCACUCUCACGUAGUGUGAGCUUUUACCAUGUAGACUGGCUAUGUGGGUGUCUAGGCAUGCUUUUGCUGUAAACAUGCCAGUUAGGUCGCUGUUGUCUUAAGUGUGUGUGACUUAAGCAGCUGUUUCUUUUUUUUUAACCUGUAAUAGUUCAAACAUGUAAAAGCCAUGAGACAUAACCAGAAGAGUUUGAGUUUUUUUUUUUAGAGGGAUGCGAUAGGAGUGGAGAAACUGGGCAUGGGAGGAGGGGAAUGUACAGCAGGAAUUUUCUUGUGUAAGAUUAAUGUUUUUGAUGUUGUGUCGCAAGAUUGGAGUUUACUUACGGUGAAUGAAUGAAUGGUUUUAUAACACGUGCUCUGCAGAUGAUUUCAUGGUACUCGUUAUCAAUGAGUGUGAUGUCGGUGCUAACAAUGGGUCAAGGUUCAUAUCAGUGUGUGUGUUUGUAUCGAUCCAUCCUGGAUUGUACUGUUCCCUGGAAGUGAACUCUCGAGUUCAGUUAAGGCACAUGAAGCAAAGCCUUAUUUUCUGCAUUCCUGGCCAUAGGCAGUCUGCUGCUGUUUGCUGCAAAAAGGUCUAUACUAUAACAGUAUUGUGCUGGUAUACCAUGUGAUCCAGGGGUAUACGUUACUGUUUUGUACCCUCCGUUAAAAUGACCUGAUACUGCCGAAUUCUCAAUAGCCCUUUACAUGGAACUCAAGGCAAUACGCCAUAGUGCUCAAGCUUUGUGUGUCCCAGUGUUCGAAACCCAUCGGUUGGAAUGCUGGCAUGGAGUUUGUAUCAGUGUGGCUUCUGAGACCAAUGCCAAGAAUUACACCACUUCAGUGCAAAUCCAAUAUCACCUCCGAAGCAUUGCAUAUUUAUGUUUGUCUAUAUGACACUGUGCACAAACAAGGCCAGGAUUGGGUGCAUUUACUGAGAUGGUGACAAUAAUCCUGGGGACUGUGCAUGUUCAAGACCAAGACUGGGAACUGAUUUAAAAGUAAAAGAGUUUAUCUGUGGUUUGGAUCGUGUCCCCAUAAUUCUGAAUUCAGUUUUUUUCUUUUUUUUUUAAAAUUCCAUUUCAUUUAUUAUGCCAGACUUUCUAGGGAAAAGAGCUUAAUAUCGCCUCCUUUUUUGUCUCUUUAUACUAAUAUAUGCAGUAUCAGUCGAUUUAUCUUUAUAAUGAGGGCCUUAUUUUUGUGUGUGAUUUUCAGUCUGUGCAUUUAUCUCUUCGCAAUUAUAUUGGACACUUGAAAGAAAUCCCAGGCAACAGUAGUACACAGAUGCCACAGUCUGAAUGCA